AUGGGCCUCCUUCGACGUGUCAAGCGUCGCCUAGCUGCCCAAGGCUCACUACCCUCCGUGCUCCUCCUAGCUCUGGCCGAUAUCUCCGCUGCUAUUCCUUACACCCCUUCCUCGAUCUUCCUCUCCCCGCGAUACAAUGACUCGCUUGCCUACCUGCUCCAGUCCGAUGCGGGCAGGACACAGUUUCUCUCAUUGAAUAUCUCCGGCGACAUCGAUACCUCCAAUACGUCUUUCAAUACCUUGCUCGAUGAGACGCCAUUCCACAGCUCCGAUCAGACAUCCGCUUUCGUCCCCGCCAUCGACGACCGGGGGAUUAUUACGGUUUACACUGGCGACUGCCACAGCAAUCAGGAUAGCUCAUUAUGGCAGUUCACGCCCGACAACAGCAGUGCGAUUGGAAAUGGGACCUGGGAGCAGAUACCAAUGAAGCUGGGUGACAAGCAGACCCAGCCAAACUAUCUGGCUGCUGGAUUCACCUUUGCUUCAAGUAACACCAGCGCUAGCUCGAUGUACACAUUUGGUGGAAUGUGCCCAUUCGCAAACAGUACCGACGAUACAUGGGUCUCGGCAGCAAACUAUUCCCAAUCGAUGAUCGCCCUCACGCACAAGUCAAAGCAAAGCGCCGAAUUCGAUUCGGCAUUUGUUGGUGAUCGUGCCCCUCCUGUUCCGGAGGCGGGAAUGGCAGUGGUUCCUUUGAUGCCUUCAUACUCGCCGACAGGAACGCAGCGAGAUUUUCUGUUUAUCGGCGGACAUACACGCAGGGCAUUCCUCAACAUGUCCCAGCUGGCUAUCUUUUCGCUGCCACAGGAAAGCUGGAGCUUCGUCAACGUCGAAUCUGAGACCAGAUUACGGACGGAUCUUGCUAUUCGGGAUUCCGCCACGGUCGAGCCACGAUCAGGCCAUGCUGCUGUUCUUUCUCAGGAUGGUACGAAGGUCUACGUGAUCGGCGGCUGGGUGGGAAAUACAUCUACGCCCGCAGACCCUCAGUUCGCAGUUCUCGAGCUUGGUGAAGGCUAUGGGGACAAGAGCGAGUGGACCUGGAAGACCUCGUCGACGUCUACCUCGGAAGUUGGCAUCGCCGAUGGAACUGGUCUUUUUGGACACUCUGCGGCCCUGCUCCCAGGAGGCGUUCUGAUGAUUGCGGGAGGAUAUAACAUCCCAAAGAAAUCCUCCAAGCGCGCUAUCUCUUCCAACGAACGCAAUUCCCAAGUCUAUCUCUACAACGUCACCUCAAGUAGCUGGAUGAAGUUGUACAAGAACCCCUCCGCAUCUCAUUCCGCCACGACGUCAAAGGCACACAGCGGCGGCCUUUCCUCUGGACAGAAGGCCGGGCUGGGCGUUGGACUUGGACUGGGACUUCCAAUCGCAUUGCUAAUAGCAUUCUGCGCAUGGAAAUACGACCGCAAACGAAGAGUCCGAGGCAAGCGAGACUCGCAACUUCGCGAACUGGCAUUGGGAGCAGAACGAGCUCAUUUCUGGGGCCGAAGUGACCCGCAACAAGCGAGCAGUAUUCGCAGCUCCCAGAUGAGCGAGAAGCAAGAUAUUCCUGGUGCAGCUGGCUGGACCGGAGCCCGCAGCCUCAAUACGAAGCCAUCCUGGAAAGACCGAGACCAGAAUGAUAGCCCAGCUGAGCGGACGGGUCUUCUGGCAGAUACCAGCCCAACUAAACAGAAUCGUCCUGUCGGCCAGCAACGACCGUACAGAAUGUCUGGAUGGGAGUACCGGCGCAGCGACACAACGAGCGACAUCCACCCCAUCGAUGAGCGCGAAGAGGACGAGGCUAUUUUCCGCGAACGAGUGAUGGCGACGAUUCCCACGGACAAGAAGCCCAUGAUUCACGACCCUGACGAUCCAUUCUCCGAUACGCCGUUCUCGACUCCACGAAGUACCAUCUUUGGUGUUGGCCUGGGUCCAUUCUACACUCGACGAAAGGACGGUGGCUCCGUCGAAGCCGAUGGCGAUACGUCGAAAAGUGACCGGACGUCCACUAGCCUCUCCGAUGCCUCGAACUUCUCGUUCUCAUCUGCAAGGGCGACGCCAACCGGUCAGGUGCAACAGGCCCGCGGUGUCGUCGUCGAUCGUCCCCUAAGCUGGGCAAGCAGUGGCGGACACUCGGUGGCUGCCAUCUCGACUCACAGCAGAGAGACCCACGAGGACGGCGCGGCCGCUCACUCCGUCAAGUCCUUCUCGACGGACUCCUACUCAACAGCCCAGUCUACAUUCUCGCAACGCCAGGCUGAGAACGAAUCCCUCCUCUUCGACAACACCGACGCCAUUACCCCCAUCACACCCGUCGAGUCCUCCCCUUCCAAACUCCCGCCUUCUACGAAGCCCAGAACUUCAGACUGGAUGCUGCAAACCGUCCGUCGAGCCCUGACGCUCACCCGCCGCGGUAUGAAUAGCCACGAAGAAGAUGAGUCCGCACCACUUGCCUCAGGCGUUGACCGUCGAAGCACCGUCAUGAUCCCCAAGCAGCAAACCAACGCCAGCGGCGCCAGCACGCCGCGCCGAGCCUGCGUUUGGGGGCCACGCUCGACGCGCGAUGAUCUCUUCCUCGGUGCUCCGGGGUAUCUGGGCGAUGAUGAUACCUGCGACGACGAGGACUGGGACGUCGAAGGCGCGGCGGAGAAUCGCAAUGUGCAGAUGACGUAUACUGUUCCCCGCGAGAAGUUGCGUGUCGUCAAUGCGAAUGCUGGGGAUAAUGUCUCGGAGCGGUCGGUUAGUCAGGGACGGAGUGUGAGUGCCGGCACGAGGAUUGUGAGUCGGUAG